AUGUCGCAAGUUUUCAUUCAAAUGCUUGAUGAGAGCACAGAUGUGUCUACAAUUAAGCAAUUGGCUGUUGUCGUAAGAGUUGUUGAUCAUGAAAAAACUUUAGUUGAAGAUAGAUUUGUGCAGUUGAUUGAUGUUGAGGAUGCUAGUGCCGAGGGAUUAUUCAAAGUGUUGAGUACUUUUAUGGAUAGUCAUGGUAUCCCCUUUGAAAACAUGAUUGGAUAUGCUGCAGAUAACGCCUCAGUGAUGAUGGGGAACAUGGGAGGUCUAAAGGCAAAGCUUGAGACGAGAGUACCUAAUUUGUUUGUUCUUGGAUGCAUAUGCCAUUCCUUGCAUCUCUGUUCUUCAGCAGCUUGUCAAAAGCUACCUAGCGCUGUGGAAGAUUUAUGUAGGGACAUUCAUCGUUACAUAAAUCAUAGCCCCAAAAGAUUAGUUAAAUUUCAUGAAUUUCAGGAUUUUGUCCGUGUAGAUUCUCAUAGAAUUCUCCACCCUUGCCAGACUAGGUGGUUGUCUUUGGGGCCUGUUGUGGACAGAAUGGUAGAGCAAUGGCCAGUUCUGGUUUUAUUUUUUCAAUCUGAAGCCUUGGAAAGCAAUGUCAAAGCAGCAGGUAGAAUACUUGAUGGCUUGAAUAAUCCUAUCAUAAAGCUAUAUGUAUAUUUUCUUAGUUAUAUUUUACCCAUAAUUAACAAAAUGAAUAAGGAAUUUCAGAGUGAAUCUGUAAAAAUUCAUGUUGCAUACAGUAACAUCUGUGCUUUUUACAAGACUGUCCUUGGCAAUUACAUUAAAAGAGAUGUUAUAAUGAGGGCACCUCAUGCUUUUGCCAUCAACUACAAUAACCCUUCUAAUUUCAUGGUUGAGCAUGAUUGGAAUUUUGGAAGUAAGUUGAAAUGCAUGUGA